UUAAAACUGCUAUUUUUGGUACCAGACAGUUGCACUAGUUUUCCCCUCCCCCUAUCUUAUAGCAGUCCAACAUUGCUUCACCCAGAUAUCCUCAUAAGAAGAAGGAGAAGAAAGAUGCUGAAACACGGUGCAUUGCAGGCAGCAGUGCUGUUAUCGCUUCUUGGGUCUAUUUGGACAACAGGUAUAUAUUAUGAUUAUGAUCCAGAUGAACAUGUUUUGUUGGAAAACAAAUGCAAGUGCAUAAAGGUGACCUCGAAAUUUGUCCGUUCAAAGGAAAAUCCCAAUGAAGAAAUCUUAGAGAGAAAUAUAGAAAUACGGAUACCACUGAAAGCCAGAGAAAACAUUUCAGAUCCAACAUCCCCACUAAGGACUAAUUUUGUCUACAACCUCUCAAACCUUUGUAAAAAAUGUGACCCUGUUGAAAUGGAACUUGGUGGAGAAACAGUCUGGGUGUCCCAAGCUAACUGUGACAAAUCGGAAGACACCUGUUACACCUAUGACAGAAAUAAAUGCUACACCAGAGACAUACCUUUCACAAUUGAAGGAAAGACCGAAAUGAGAAAAGCAGCACUCAACCCAGAAUCCUGCUAUGAAUAAUAGAAACAAAUCGCAAAUAAGAAAAAAAUGCUAUAUGAAUAUAAAACAUAACUACUGCAUAAAUGGCUUGUCUGUUUGUUUUUAAAUAUAUUAACUGCUAGCUUUUUUUAUUUU